AUGGGCAUUCGAUCGCGCGACGCCGCGGCGCGCGCGAACACGGCGACGAACGAGCGCAACGCCCGGAGAGGCGUCGCGGCGAUCGCGCACGCAUUCGUGAAACAAAAGACGCGACGAUCGAGCGGGGUGUCGGACGCCGCGGCGGCCGACGCGGCGACGACGACGGCGGCGGUGGGCGGGGAAACGCGCGAUGGGGCCGUGGACGGGGGAGCGCGAGGCGGUGGGACGCGCGCGUCGACGAGCGAGCGCGUGGCGUGGCCGGAUGAGGCGGCGCGGGCGGACGCGCGGCGCGCGGCGGCGCGCGGCGCGACGACGGCGGCGGUGGACGGAGAAGCGCACGCCGCGCCGGCGUCAACGACGCGUCCACCGUUGGAGACGUACGUGAUGUACGUCCCGAGCGAGUCCGAGGGAGAGAGCUCGAGGGACGUGCGAUCGACGUUUGAGCGACUAUCGAGCGUCGGCGCGGGGGGGUACAUCGACGCCUACGACAGCGACGAGGAUCUCAGCGACGACUCUAACUCCGAGGAUAGGCGCGCGCUCGAUCGCGCGCUGGAGGAUUUAGAUUUCGCCCAGAGUUCGGAUAAUAAGUGUUGCUGCGUCGUGCAGUGA